GUCAAUUCUUGAGUUAUCUACAUAAGACAACAAACAUUCUUGAGAAUGCUUGAAGGUGUAGGAGUGGUAGGGACAGGGUCCCUUGCAAGAAUCCUCAUUCCAACCCUCCAGGCCGUGGGCAUCAAAAUAGUGGCUCUCUGGGGUCCCACUCUGGAGAAAGCUGCAGAGCUAGCAAGGUUGUUCAAUAUCUCCUUCUAUACAGACCAAAUCGACAACGUCCUCCUGAACCCUGAGGUGGACCUCGUCUGUAUCAACACCCCACCCCACCUCCACGCACAGGUGGCUUCCAAGGCCCUUGGUAUUGGCAAGCAUGUGCUGUGCGAGCGCCCAGCAGGACUGAACAAGAAUGACGCCCACAAGAUGGUGACGGCUGCCCAGUAUUACCCGUCUCUCAUGUCCAUCAUGAACCACUGCCUGAGAUUCUUGCCCGCAUUUGUCCGCCUUAAGCGGAUGAUCCAAGAUGGCGAGGUGGGAGAGGUUUUCCUGUGCGACGUCCGGGUGACCUGCGGAUCUCUCCUCCGGGAUAAGUACAACUGGAUGUGUGAUGAGAACAUGGGAGGUGGGGUCUUGAACACGUUUGGCUCCCACCUCAUCGACAUCAUUACUUUCAUCACUGGCCAGAAGGCCAUCCGUGUGAGGGGCAUGCUGAAGACAUUUGUGCGACAGACGGACAAGAUCAAUGGCAUCCGGCACAUCACCAGCGACGACUUUUGCUCCUUCCAGAUGGAGCUGAGCCAGCAGGUGUGCGUUUCUGUGACUCUGAACACCCACGUGCCCGGCCAGUUCAAGCAAGAGAUCCUCGUAGUGGGGUCGGAGGGCCGACUGACCCUCAAGGAGGCGGACCUGUAUGGCCAAGUAGGCGCGAUGGGCCGAGAACAGCUCCUCAUGGCCGACAUCCAGCACAUCACUGAGAGGCAGAAGCAGGGCAUUCCGACCAAUCAGAUCCCACUGCCGUAUCUCAAAGGGAUGCUGAAACUCAUUGAUGCCCUGAAGGAAUCCUUUGAGAGGAAGAAAGAACGACUGAGCUGGGAGCAAGAACCAGUGGCCUUGGCUGCAAACUUUGAAGAUGCAGAGUAUGUACAAGCUGUGUUGGAUGCAAUCCGAGAAUCCAAUCGCUCUGGUGCUUGGGAACCAGUUAAUUUGUCAAAUGAUGGUGAUCCUUGGUGAUAGUUAUCUCAGCAACUUUUCCCCCCUGAAAUUUGACACCAGUAGCAAUGUUCAAGGGUCAUCUAGUUGGUGAAAAUACAUUCAGUGUAAAAACUCAAAUUAGUUAAUACAAAUUGUGGACGGCAUUUUUAAGAGGAACAUUCCAAAAUACAAUCAUGUCACACAUGUAUUCCAACGCUCUGGUACAUGUACAAUGUGCAUGUACAUGUACCCAAUGGCACUUAUUAUUUUGUACCUGUACAGCAAUGGAAUAUAACACUUCUAAGAAGUACAUACAUCUAUGUAUGAGGACCGGGGCUCUUUGACACUGAAACCAUCAAUGAUCUUUGAAUCGUGCGAUAUCCAUUUUGAAAGAUGGAUGACCAUGUAUACCACUUCACACAGUAUUUCUUAAAUUUUGUCUGCUUUUUAUGCUUGUAAUUUUUUUUUUAGAUUACUGCAUAGAUGUGCAUGUAUUUAUUCCAGAAUAUAUCAAAUUCCUGUUGACGUUUGAUAUGGUCAUGUGCUGUCUUGAAAUUGUUGUUUUCCUACAUUGUACGUUGACAUCACUAGCAUACUUCGAGAAAAUAAUUUGCGUGCAUGAACUGUACACUGUACAUAUAUAAACAUAUGUAUAAUGUGUAGUCUGUAAUGUGUCAACAAAUGCGUUACUGAUAUUCCUAAAUUUUCUGAGCAUCUACAAUUGUAUCUAAAAUUCAGCUGAAUAAACAAACUGUGAAGUACAUAUACAUGUACUCCUUGUCAUCAGUUCAAAGAAAAAAUAAAUCCAAGCAUACAAGUAUAUCUACAUGUAAGCUGAAAUGAAUGAGAGCUUCAAGGAUUAACCAUAAAAUGGGACAUUGUGACUACUAGGACAAUUUGCAGAUGUACAAUGUAUAUGAGCACCUGUAUAUCUAGGCCAUUAGGUAGAUUGAGACAUUAAGGUGUGUAUGGAGAACAUCGCUUGCAUUGUUGCAUGUUCACCAUGUGUGCAUAUUGGAGAUUAAAAUUUUUUUAUCCGUGGGGAAUAAAUAUUGAUGCAUGUAGUUACAUUCUACUUCAAUUUUGAAUUCUCAAAUGAGAAGGUACGUGUACAUGGCCCCUAUGGGCACAGCAGCACAGACGUAAAAGACUUUCUAUUUGUAUGAACUUGCGACUGCAUUCACUCAUUACUGAGCGUUGAAUACUAUACAUUUGGUUGGAAAUUAGUAUUGAUCAGUAUCAGUUCAACUAUAUUUGGAUACAGUUCACCUGUAAGAAAUAAAAUAAAAGAAAGUUAAUGCAGACUCAAAGUUCAUGCUGGAUUUCUCUUUGAAUAUAUUAUUUAAUAAUAAUUAUAAAAAUCUUAAAUUUCAGAAAACAAGUUGUGAUCUCAGUUUGUGGGUACAAAUUUAAUCUCCAACUGAUUCAUAAGGAUCCAUCUUCAAUGAAAUCCUAGUUAUUUAUGUGCACUUUUAAUUAGUGGGCUGCAAUUUUAAGUUCCGUUUGUCAAACAUAGCUAGGUCAGUGGGCAGGAGAAUUAUCUAGAAUAAUGAUAUGCUCAAGUGAUUUGACAGAAAUGAUAAAUGGAUACAGAAGGCGUGAUGUGAGAGUGCA